AUGCAAUCGCAUCGCAUCCUUAUCAACGCCUCCAUUCUUCUGGUCCUCUUUGGUGAGACCUAGCUGAAAAUGAAUAACCGAAGAAUAAUGGGAUUGAUUUCAGUGAGCCUCUGUUGUGCCGCUCCGAUGAUCGAAGAGCCGAAGGUGGAGAAGCCGACCAACCUCGAGAUUCUGUUCGCAAAGAUUCUGAAGAAGCAGGAGGCGUCCAAGGCGCACAGACUCAUCAACUUCAUCAGCAAGGCGGUUCCCGGAGGAGUCGAUGCUCCGAUCCCCAUGAUGGCCGAGUACGAGACGUUUAAGUCGGACAAAUCCGCCAACUUCAUCAAUGACGGAAACGGCCACAUCGUGUUCCGACAGUACAGAAGAGCCCGUCUUUCCGAUGUAAGCCUCACAACAAACUAGAAUCUGGGAGAGGGCGAGACAGACUGAAGAUGAACGGGCGUGUGAUCGGAGAGAAACUGAUAUCGAAUUGUUCAUUGGUAGGCCACUGAAAACAUAGAUACGGCGGAUCAUUCACACUCUCGCAGGUGGCCUUUAGCCUCCUUCCCUUUCCGCUUUCUGACGGUUCUGAAUCGGAAUUUCAGAAAGGAUCGCCCGCCAAACAGCUCUUUACUGUCUGUUUCGUAGUGAAUGUUCGGCGAAGUAAUGCUGUAAUUUGUAGUCGAAAACUUCUUGGCACCCCUCCGAAAACGGACAAAGACGAGAGAGACAGGCGCGUAGAACGUUUAACUAUUUUAAAACUCUUUCUUUCUCACUUCCACUCUAAUUCUGUCAUUUUUUCAGAUCUUCAACAAUGUGAACCGUCGUCCAGGAGGCAAGUAA